UUCGAAAGGGUGCCCCUGCGAAGCCGAGUGCGGGUCGAGUGGCUCCCACCCCGGCCCGUGCCGCCAGCUGAGGCGCCGUGCACUGACGCGGAUUCGGCGAUAGUUUGGCUGGCGUGUGUGGUGGCGGUGACCUGCCGGUGACCGCAGCGUAAACGGAAACUUCACACCCGUCUGCCAACGCCAGCGCGACGUAACACCGGGCCGCGUCUGGUCGGAGCGGACCAUGAAGAUGGCGCUGGCUGGGGGCAAGGCGUCCAGGUUCUCUGUCCGAGACAUCCUCAACCUCAGGGAGACGACCUGCGAGGAGCGCUCCACGUCACCCGCCGCGUGCGCCUCACACACAGGGGCGUCUGGCCACUGCACGGCUCGUGACCACGAGUCGGAGAGACUCGAGUUCUCAGCUGCGGCCGACUGCUCCGACCGAGAGGAGCAGGACGGCAGCGAACUGGGCGCCAACGAGGCGGCCGAUGACGCCGGCGAUGACGGACCUGAUGACGGCGGUGACGGAGCCGAUGACGGCGGCGGUGACGGACCCGACGGCACCACUCUGCCGGCCAAGAAGCGGAAGCGGCGCGUGCUCUUCAGCAAGGCUCAAACGUACGAGCUGGAGCGCCGGUUUCGGCAGCAGCGCUACCUGUCCGCGCCCGAGCGGGAGCACCUGGCGAGCCUGAUCCAGCUGACACCCACCCAGGUGAAGAUCUGGUUUCAGAACCACCGCUACAAGACGAAGCGGGCGCACCAGGAGAAAGGUCUGAGCCUGCUGCCGCUGGGCUCGCCGCGCCGUGUGGCCGUGCCGGUGCUGGUCAGGGACGGCAAGCCGUGCCCGGCCGGCGCCGUGAAGCCCGACCCGGUGUUUCCGGUGCCGCUGGAGCUGCUACCGUUCGCCGGCGUGCCCGUCUCGUCGGCGAUGAUGGCGCAGAUGGGCGCGCUGCCCGCCUACGGCCACCCGCUGAUGGCGCCGCGCUGGUGGUGACACACGGUGCACUGGUCCCAGCUGCUGGCCGCCGCUGGUCAGGGGGCGCGGGAGCCGCCGCAGUGAGGUCCGCCCCGCCGUAGUGAGGUCCGCCCCCGCCUGCAGUGAGGUCCGCCCCGCCUGCAGUGAGGUCCGCCCCGCCGCAGUGAGGUCCGCCC